GCCAGUGCGCGCAAUUGGUUUGUCAUAGUCGCAGAGAGCUCAGUUUUUCUGGACCCAAACAACUUAGCUUCUUUUUCUUUUUUCUUCUUCUUCACACUCCUCACCUCUUCCGUGGAGCUUUUCUCACAAGAUACCCUCCCUUCCCUACCUCCUCUUGUCCCCACUCCUCAUUUGCCCCCCACUUAAAUUCAUCUGGAUACUCUUUUUUUCUUCUAUUUUAAAUCGUGUGUUGGUGUGCGUGAGCGCAUGGUGGCGAGAGGGGCUGCUGGCGUUUUUCAAGCUUUUUACGGGACGUGAUGUAGCCUCCCCGCACACAGAAAGGACGCCUUGUGCCAUAAAGGGAUCUAAGGGGACAGUGUACCGUGGAUGCAACGCGAGGAAGCCGCUGUUUCAUCACUGGAUAGUGGAGCAGCAGCGGCAGAUAGAGGCGAUUUUUACGGGGAUAUUGAACGGAGCGACAGGAGGCAACACUUUGGAAUCGCUGCCCUCCUCUCUCCCUCUCUCUCUUCGACCCCCAUCAAGUCUCUCUCUUUCCCCCACACACACAAACACACACUCGCUGUGCAGUAAAGGACUGUACCUGAAAAGACACUUGAAAUUAACGCUGACUUUGAGGACGGAGUGCUAUUUCCUCCGCCGUUUCUAAAUGCGCGGACAGGAAGUGCUUUCCCUAUCUGGAAUGUGAUAUACGGGAUUUGUUCAGCAGCAGCACUCAAGGACCGCUCUCCUCUCUCGAACUGAGACUUUGGAAGGCAUCUGGAAUCCGAGCAACAAGGCUUGCUGCGGUCCUGUGGGAAGUGUGGCGCAGUGGAGGGAUCGGUGCCAUAAAGGAAGCACCCAGCUGGGGCAUUUGCCAGCAAAACACUGAGUACUGAACUUAUCUGGGACCUUCAGCAGCGGGCGGUAAGAGGAGGAGGAGGAGGAGGCCAUGUUGACCGCACGCCUGCUAGUCCUCGCCAGCCUCUUCGCACCAGCCGCACUGGCCUUCAGUCGAGCACCCAUCCCCAUGGCGGUGGUGAGGAGGGAGCUGUCGUGCGAGAGCUACCCCAUUGAGCUACGGUGCCCGGGCACUGACGUCAUCCUGAUCGAAAGCGCCAACUACGGCCGCACUGAUGAUAAGAUCUGCGACGCAGACCCAGCACAGAUGGAGAACACACGGUGUUACCUUCCAGAUGCAUACAAGAUCAUGUCUCAAAGAUGUAACAACAGGACCCAGUGUGCUGUUGUGGCAGGACCAGACGUAUUUCCUGACCCGUGCCCGGGAACCUACAAAUACCUGGAAGUCCAGUAUGAAUGUGUGCCCUACAAAGUGGAACAAAAAGGCUCCUCAGUAUUCCUGUGCCCAGGGCUUCUGCGGAGGGUGUACCAGAGCGAGCAUCUCUUUGAAUCGGACCACCAGUCCGGAGCUUGGUGCAAAGACCCUCUUCAAGCUUCGGAUAAGAUCUACUACAUGCCUUGGACACCCUACCGCACGGACACCUUGACCGAAUACUCAUCCAAAGAAGACUUUGUCGCUGGAAGGCCGACAACGACCUACAAGCUUCCGCAUCGCGUUGACGGAACGGGCUUUGUGGUCUACGACGGGGCGCUCUUCUUCAACAAGGAGCGCACACGCAACAUUGUCAAGUUUGACCUGCGAACUCGCAUCAAGAGCGGCGAGGCCAUCAUAGCCAACGCCAACUACCACGACACGUCGCCGUACCGCUGGGGAGGGAAAUCAGACAUUGAUUUGGCUGUUGACGAAAACGGCCUGUGGGUGAUUUACGCGACCGAGCAGAACAACGGGCGGAUUGUGAUCAGCCAACUCAAUCCCUACACACUGCGCGUUGAGGGGACCUGGGACACGGCGUAUGACAAGCGUUCGGCAUCCAACGCCUUCAUGAUUUGCGGAAUCCUUUAUGUGGUGAAGUCGGUGUAUGAGGAUGAUGACAAUGAAGCGACGGGAAACAAGAUCGAUUACAUCUACAACACAGAACUCAGUAAAGACGGCUUCCUGGACAUCCCUUUCCCCAACUCCUAUCAGUACAUUGCUGCUGUGGAUUAUAACCCCAGGGACAAUCUGCUGUAUGUUUGGAACAAUUACCACGUUGUCAAGUACUCUCUUGAUUUUGGAGCAUUGGACAACAGGCUAGAAACGUCCUCCUCGAUAAUGGUGUACAUGGAUACCACGACCACAACAACGAGGACCUCCACCAGACCUCCUGUUACCACGACAACCACGACAUCCAGGACCACCACCACCAAGGUGCCCGCCACGACGCCUUUGGUGGUCCAGUCGCCACGAACCACAUCGGCAGUGGUGGAGCCGUACCAGACGGUCUUGGAAGAUUUGGAGCAAGAAGAUGUCAACGCGGCCCCGGCCACCGCUAAGCUACCAAAUCUUAGGGUGGAGUACUGCAGUCCACUGGUGAUGAUGGACGUGUCCUGGCCGAGGACGAAGCAGGGAACGUUAGCCAAGAUGCCCUGUCCACCUGGAUCAUUAGGUGUGGCCUCAUACAUGUGCAUGGGCCCCGAAGGAUACUGGGACUCCCAGGGGCCUGACUUUAGCAACUGUACCUCGCCUUGGGUCAACAUCAUCAGCCAAAAGAUAAAAGCCGGAGAGACGGCGGCGGUCAUCGCCCGGGAGCUGGCAGAGCAAACCAAGAGCAAUCUUCAGGCGGGGGACAUCACCUACACGGUGAAGGCCAUGGUUCAGCUGGUGGAUCUGCUUGACGUGCAGCUGAGGAACCUCACACCAGGUGGCAAAGACAGUGCAGCACGGAGCCUCAAUAAGUUGCAGAAGAGAGAGCGCUCGUGUCGGUUUUAUGUUCAGGCCAUGGUGGAGACCGUCAACAAUUUGCUACAGCCGCAGGCCCAGGCGGCUUGGAGGGAGCUGAGCACAGGCGAGCAGCUGAGGGCCGCCACCAUGCUGCUGGACACGGUCGAGCAGGGAGCCUUCGUCCUGGCUGAUAACCUGCUCAAGACGGACAUCGUGCAAGAGAACACCGACAACAUCCAGCUGGAGGUAGCGAGAAUGAGCACAGAUGGGAAUUUGCCUGAUCUGAAGUUCCCACAAUCCGGAGGACAAGGCAACUCUAUCCACCUCUCAGCGAACACACUGAAGCAGCACGGAAGAAACGGUGAAAUCCGAAUAGCGUUCGUCCUGUACAAGCACAUCGGGGUCUAUCUUUCAACUGAGAACGCCAGCAUGAAGCUGGGCAGUGAAGCCCUGGCCACCAACUACUCUGUGAUCGUCAACUCGCCGGUCAUCACAGCCGCCAUCAACAAGGACUCUAACAAAGUCUACCUCUCUGACCCGGUCAUUUUCACCAUUAGACAUCUGCAGCAAUCUGAGGAGAACUUCAACCCCAACUGUUCGUUCUGGAGCUACAGCAAGCGAACCAUGACUGGUUACUGGUCGACGCAGGACUGCCGCUUGCUAGGCACCAACAGGACACACACCACAUGCUCCUGUACACAUCUGACCAACUUUGCUGUCCUCAUGGCUCACGUGGAUGUAAAGAACACCGACCCUGUUCACGAAAUGCUUCUAGACGUCAUUACUUGGGUUGGCAUCCUCCUGUCGCUGGUCUGCCUGCUCAUCAGCCUUUUCACCUUCUGCUUCUUCCGUGGCCUCCAGAGCGAUCGCAACACCAUCCAUAAAAACCUGUGCAUCAGUCUGUUCAUUGCCGAGUCCCUCUUUCUGGUGGGGAUAAAUCGGGGUGACCAGCCGAUUGCGUGUGCUGUUUUCGCCGCCCUCCUCCACUUCUUCUUCCUGGCAGCGUUCACGUGGAUGUUCCUAGAGGGCGUGCAGCUCUACAUCAUGCUGGUGGAGGUGUUUGAGAGCGAGCACUCACGGCGACGCUACUUCUAUCUGGUGGGCUACGGGGUCCCAGCGCUAAUUGUGGCCGUUUCAGCUGCGGUGGACUACCGCAGCUACGGCACCGACCGAGUUUGCUGGCUUCGCCUGGACACCUACUUCAUUUGGAGUUUCAUAGGACCAGCAACCUUGAUAAUUAUGCUCAACGUGAUCUUUCUGGGCAUCGCUCUCUACAAGAUGUUCCAUCACACAGCCAUCUUGAAACCAGACUCUGGUUGCCUGGACAACAUCAACUACCGUUAUUAUGAUGGAUGUGUUAUUGUAGAAUGGCACUGCUAUCAGGAUUAUGAACCUAAGAUGAAAUCUUGGGUGAUCGGCGCCAUCGCCUUGCUAUGUCUGCUGGGCCUAACCUGGGCUUUCGGCCUCAUGUACGUCAACGAGAGCACAGUGGUGAUGGCCUACCUCUUCACUAUCUUCAACUCCCUGCAGGGAAUGUUCAUCUUCAUCUUCCACUGUGUGCUGCAGAAGAAGGUGCGUAAGGAGUACGGGAAGUGCCUGCGUACUCACUGCUGCAGCGGCAAAAGCGUGGACAGCUCCAUUGGCUCUGGCAAGGGCACCGCCUCGCGUGCUCCUGGACGUUAUUCGACGGGAUCGCAGAGCCGCAUCCGUCGAAUGUGGAACGACACGGUCAGAAAACAGUCCGAGUCCUCUUUUAUGACCGGGGACAUCAACAGCUCUGCAUCGCUCAACAGAGGGGCUAUGGCUAACCAUCUUAUACCUAAUGCACUCCUACGUCCUCAUGGCACUAACAAUCCCUAUAAUACAUUGCUUGGGGAAUCGGCAGUCUAUAACAACCCUCUGGGCAUGUACAACACACAAGAGCCCUACAGAGAGACAAAGGGAAUCCUGAACAAUGCCCGGGAUACAAGUGUCAUGGAUACUCUACCACUGAAUGGUAACCAUGGCAACAGUUAUAGCAUUGCCAGCGCUGAGUACAUGAGUGACUGCGUCCAGAUCAUUGAUCGGGGCUAUAACCACAAGGAGACGACCCUGGAAAAGAAGAUCCUAAAAGAGCUCACCUCCAAUUACAUCCCCUCCUACCUCAACAAUUCCCACGAGCGCUCAAGCGAGCAGAAUCGGAACCUCAUGAAUAAGCUGGUCAAUAAUGUUAGCAAUGGCGGCAAGGACGGCGGCUACGGGAUGGGCUUGGGCGUAGGGAUGGGCAUGAAUGUCGCGCUGGGCCUUGAUGACCAUUCCACCUUUGUCCCCCACCACGACGAAGGCCUCGGUUUGGAGUUGAUACGCGAGGAGUCGAACGCCCCGCUGUUGCCGCAGAGGCCGCCCCCAUCCCUGCAGGCGGUGGACAACCUUCACAAUCACCUCCACCAGUCGGCACCCCCACCCCUGCCGCUGCCGCACCACCCCUUCUCGUCCGCCAGCGCUUCCUCCUCGUCUCGAAGGAGGAUCCCCCAGGAGAACAGCGAAAGCUUCUUCCCUUUACUCACCAACGAGCACACUGAGGACGAAGGCUCGUCGCCCAGCCACAGCCACCAGAGAGACUCCCUCUACACCAGCAUGCCCAUGCUGCCCGGCCUGCCCAACGUGUCCGGAGAAUCGGCAGAUGGCUCCAAGGAUGGCGGCGACGCCAAGAGCCCGGAGGCCAGCUCGGACGACGUUUACUACAAAAGCAUGCCCAACUUGGGCUCACGUAACCACCUCCAUCAGCUGCAUUCCUACUACCAGCUAGGGCGGGGCAGUAGUGAUGGCUUCAUUGUUCCCCCCAACAGAGAGGAUCUAUCUCCAGAAGAGGCCCAGCAGGAGCCCUCGCACCUAGUCACCAGCCUAUAGGCCCGAACCCCCUCCCACCCGUGCCCAUUGUAUUCUCGCAGUCCUCUACUCUUCCCCCGUGUGCCCUUGGUCCAUCAGUCGUUGGAAGUGGUAGCCUUUAUUCUCUUUAUUCUGUGUCCCGAAGACUGAGGCGGAGGAAGGAACUGUACCCUCGCUGUUACCGACCAUAAGCAGGAUAAUAAUUGCUACGAAUGCGGUGGUGGGGGGCGUCGUCGGCAGUUAAUAUGUGACUCUAUUUAGUUAGACACUGCAGAAGGUUGAUGUUGUGCCCCCUCUCCUCCACUCGUCGCCCCCAACCCACACACCGAACACCCCACAACACCACAUCCACCCCGUCCCCUCCCAAACCCUGUGUGGUUUGCCGUGUUUUGUCUCGUUGUGAAAAGAGACAAUUACUCACACAGGAUUUUUAGGUCUCAGAGAUAUAGUGUUGACAGUCUACAGGAACUGCAUACCCCUAAAGUUUGAAACUGAAGACUUCACCAGAAUUAAAACGAAACAAAAAACAAAAAAAAAGACUAUUUUAUUAUACUUCUGUAUCUAUAUUGACUUUUUGAGAGAUUUUUUUCCUCUUUGGUGAGUUGCAGCACAUUUUGUUUGCUGAAGUGUCCCUUCAAUGAAAAAAAAAGACAAAAACCACACAUAUACGCACACACACAUUUUGGACAGUUACCAUAAAGGAAUUAUUGAUUGUAUGCUUUUAAGCAUAACUGUUCUUUUUUUUUUUGUUGUUUGUUUUUGUUUCUUUCUUUGAUUUUACUGUAAUUCCAGUUGUUAAAAGAGGGAGAAAAAAACUAAUGAGAAUUGCGAGAUAUUUCUAUGUAACUGUACAGAUAACUAGCAUUGCACAUAAUAGUAUGCUUUUUUUCCCGUUCCAAGCGAACCCUUUUGUCUCUGUAAAUGUAGUGAUUAGGAGCAAUUUUGUUCUCUUGUGCUGGCCCUUCUGGGCUUUUGGUGCCAGUCUGUUUUUUUUCUUUCUCUUUUAUCACUUUCUGAGAAAUGACCAUCGAAAUAGGAGCAAAAUUACACAAAAAAUACCACAAGAACACACUUAUCGUGCCGCAUUUUCGUGAACCGUAUUCACCUUUCUUUUUCAGGUCUGUUUUUUUUUUAUUAUUAUUAUUUCCGCCUGGUUCGUUUUCUCUUUCGUUUUCUUUUUUUUUUUACUGUGUAGAUAGCAGAGCUCUGAUUCACAGAUUGUCAAGGAGACAGAAUCAGUCCAAUUUAAUCACGAGGUGUCCCUCAGAAAGUUUAUAGUGCAUCCUGCAUCUAUAUUGGCAUUCAGAAAACACUUGUGCUUCUCAGAAAGAGAACAAAUUGAACCUUGAUGAGCACUAGACACUUGUGCAAAAACAACAAAGAAAGAUGGCUGUUUUACUUAUUAAAGAAAGAGCUUUUGAAGUGAGAAAAACUGGAAGUGUUUUUCUUUUUCUUCCUCAAGGAGAAAAUCUAUUUAUUUAUUUGUUAAAUAAACAGUAAUAAAGGAUGGGAGCAAGUUUAGCAGCAAAAAGAAGUUUUUCUUAUUGGCUAUAAUUAUGGCUUCUUAUUUAUUCUUUUUUUUUGUAUUGGUUUCCGAGUUGAAUGACCUCAUAACUAAUAUUUGUUGUAACAGUGAAACUUGUUUGCCAACAAAUAAAUUACUGAUUAAGAUUUA